AUUGCACGUAGGGAUGAAGAAAUGGCUCCUUACAUCCCAGAAUCGAAAAGGAACUAUGUAUUUGGUGGGAUUUCUAGUGUUGCUGCUAAUGCAUCAAUAAAGGCACUCGCACUAAUGAAGUCCAUCAACCUGUUGGGAGUUCAACAAAUAUGCAGAAACUCGAUAGCACUAGAACAGGCACUUGCAGCCAUACCUUCCAUUGAUAGUGAGGCAGUCCAACAGAGAUUAGAUCGUGUUCGGACAUUCUAUGAGCUACUAAACCUGCCUUUCGAGUCUUUGCUUGGGUUCGUUGCUGAACAGGAAUAUAUUUUUUCUGCAAAAGAAUACUUGAGCAUACUAAAGGUCAAUGUACCUGGUAGAGAGAUACCAAUGGAUGCUGAACGCCGUAUCUCACAGAUUUUGAGUCAUUAAGUUGAAUUGGGCAAGAUGAUUUUAGCCAUAACUGGUGGCAGAUGUCUCACUGUAUCUUUCUCGGCUAUCUUUGUAGCUGUAGUUAAUUUUGUUAUUUCUGUUUGGUUUUUUUCUUUUGAUGUCUACAGUGUAGGUAAUGUGUUAUUUGUUGUCUCAUUCACUGUAAAUUUGUAGUGCUUUGACUGGAACGCUCAUUCUUGAUCGUUGUAAAUGUGUAAUCUUUUGGACGUAAUUUUAAUAAAAUUCCCAGAUUCAUGUGUUCCGUUA